AUGAAGUUUGUUAUAACUGGCUUUGGACCAUUCCCUGGAGUUCCAGAGAACCCCGCAGCAAUCGUAGCAGAAAAGACUGCUAAUAUUCUCAAAUCAAAAGGAUAUUAUGUUGAGUUUCAUUCAUUAAAAGUUUCAAUUGAUGGAUGCAAUUCAUUUUACGAAAAACUAACAGGAAAAGAUAUAUUUGUUUUGCACAUUGGUGUAUACACUGAACUGAAAAAGCCAGAGAUUGAACUUGUCGGACAAAAUAUUGCUAACUUCGGGGUUCCAGAUGCAGAUGGAAACGUGCUCCAUAACCAGAAAAUAGAUAAAAAUCUCAAACUCGGAGAGAAAAUUCAAAAUCCAGUAGAUUUUCAAAAAUUAAUUCCAAAUGAAGUUGAUUUCGGAUAUUCUCGUGAUGCAGGACAAUACAUUUGCAACUAUAUUUACUUCUUAGCAUUACAAAACAUUAAUAAAAAGACAAAAGGAGCAGUUUUUGUUCAUAUUCCAGCUUUCAGUUCAUAUCCGGAAGAAACAUGUGUUUCUAACAUGGUUAAAUUCUCUGAAGGAAUCAUUAAUAAUUGCAAUACUUUUGGAAUUAAAAAAUGA